AUGUCUGUUCGACUACUUUGGAUCUGGGUUCUUGUCGAAAGUAAGUAAUAUUAGUCGAGAGCAAGGUGGAGAAGUGAGAAUAUUAGUCGAGAGCUAGGUCGAGAAGUGAUAUCUAUAACAUUGAUCUUGUUUUAGGUGGAUUAAGCCAGGUCUUGAUUAAAAACAUUGUUUUUGAUGAUGUACAGCUGUCAAAGGUAAGAGAUUUGUCAUCAAUAAUAACUACUUUACAACUAAACUCUUAUAGUAUUACAAUACUCAAAACAUGAAUAAUAUAGUAAUUUUACAUACACCUAACACAUUAAAUAACUGUAAGCUUAACUUAUGUUUAGAUAGUAUUCUUUGACAACACGACCUUAUACGACGAUGUCACUUUUCUGGAUCAAACUGUGCAAAACUUAACGUUAAAAAGUGACCAACAAGAUGUAGUUAAUGCUACAGAAUCUCCAGAAAUCCCAGAAGCUCUAUUUCUAGACCUUCUGCUCAUUGCUGAUCUCUCAAUGUACUACAAGUUCUCGGAGUUAUAUCCAUACAACUCAAAUUCAGCUUACUUUGCUCUUCAGGAUUACCUCAGGGUUAUAUUCGAUCAGGUAGGUAUACUGUAAUCAUGAAAAGAGCCUGUUGAGUUUGGCUUGGUCUCUUCUUAUAUAUUGUGCAUUGAAUCUAUAGUACGACGCUUAGUUUUGUUGUUUUAAUAUUAAUAUGCAUGAAUAGCAAUGUUAAUAGUAUUAAUGUUAGCAAAACAAUUGAAUAAUCGAUUUGUUACCAAAUUUCAGAUAUAUUCGAUUUACUACCGGUUGAUUUUCUUUGAAAAAACCAGAAUCUUUUUAAGACUGGCGGGUACCCUGCCUAUCUUCAGAGUAGAUGACUGCCCAUUGCAACGUAUCAGUAACGCCAAUUACUCUGACACUAAUGAGACAACACACAUAUCUUUGUAAGUAUAUGCAGUUCCACGAUUGUCAUACCAAAGUGUAUAUCAUACUAUGAAAGUGGGCUAUCCGAACGUGAUUUACAACACCGUAAAAGUAAAAUACGAAUAAAUAUAACUAACAAGCUAUUACUACUUCAGAAUCCCAGACUUCUCUUCUGUAGACGCCUUAGAUUCUGUCCACACAAUACACGACUGGCUACAAGAACAUAAGGCGGUGUUACCUAAAUACGACCAUGCUAUUGUUUUUACCCGGUAAUUUAAUUGUUAUGUGUAUAGUAAAAAUCAAGAUUUUUCAUCAUUUUUCAAAUUAACAAAAUUAAUUUUUUAGGCGAGACUUAAUGUCACAAAACAACGAAAGUGCUACACAAGGAAUGGCAUAUGUUCGUGCGAUGUGUAGAGGAGAAGAUUCCGUUUCUGUAGUUGAAGAUGUUGGAGGACUGACUACGGUAGCUAUUGCGGCCCAUGAAAUGGCUCAUAGGUUAGUUAUCCGGGAUAUUCUGACUCAUCUUAUCUUUUUGCGUAUACCACCUCAUUUACACUUAUGUCAUCCUUCUAAACCUAAUUUUACUACUUAUAUAAUUGACCUUAUUUUAGCUUAGGUUCAUUCCACGAUGGAGCAGGCAACAGCUCCAUCUGUGGACCAGCACUGAACUUUCUGAUGGCUCCACAGACUUCUGGGAACGAAUUGAAUCAGAACUUUGGAAACAGCUUUCUGUUAAGUGAAUGUUCUCUAGAACACAUUGAAGACUUCCUAAAGUAAGCACUGCCAACUGUAGUUAAUACUUUAGGUCUUCAGAAUCCGACUGUUUGAAGAAGAAUAUCGCAAGGGCAAGACCAGAUGUCACAAGUAAAAGGAGGACCAAGAAGGCUGGAGAGAUCUUCGACAGAACCAUGCAAUGUAGGAUUGCGUUUGGCAAUAGCUACGGAAAAUGCUCGGUAAAUUUUUUUAAAUGUUUUUUGUACUGUAAAACAAUAAAAUCGACAUAAAAGGUAACUUUUUGAGGCUACAGUAACAUAAUACAUUCAAUUUUUUCAGAGGAACGAUUUCAGCUACUGGAAAGUAGAUCCAUGUAGAAGACUAUGGUGUCAAAAUCGGAAGAAACCACGGUAUUCUACAUGUGAGACGAAGGCAUUUUUACCGGUUAUGGACGGUACUGCUUGUGGAAUUGGAAAGGUACCGUUUAAUGUCAAAAGUCUUAUUAGAAAGCUAUAAACGAUGACUAAAAUUUAAAAAUAUCAAUUCUAUUUACUUUUUGACCUAUAAAUAACGUUCAUCAAAUUAUAACACAUCUCAGUCUUACUGUAAAAGUUACAUUUUAGUGGUGCCUACGAGGAGACUGUAUCAAAAACGAGAACUACAUGACAGAAGAAUGUAUCGAUCUACGUGAGGAUUACUGUAGGCGUUUCAAACAAGGUGAUCAACGACGAUACUGUGUAGCCAAGAGUAUCAAAGGUAUAUGUUGCCGAACAUGUCAGCACUACGAUCCUGAUGUGAAGAAGAUCAGCAAACUACGGAGUAAAGAAGUCACCAGAAGACUCAUUAUCAAAACGGAUUUGUGA